CUUCCACCUGUGCGCCCCUCCGAUUACAUACACCAUACCACGACACUUUUUUCACAUCAACUUAUCACUACCUAAUAAUUGAACAAUAUAAGACCCGACAGAGCGGAAAUCAUUAAAGGAAGAGAAUUUUUAGCCAAGCUAUGAAUCGAGGUGGUAAACUUGCUCCUGAGGUUAAUCGGUAUGCACGACCAUUUCUAGCUCUUGGCUGUCGGAAGUGAGAAUUACUAGCUAACAUAUGUGCUGAAUGUAGAGCUUUGUUCGUCAAGAAUCUAAGGUAUGUGGAUUGAUGCAGGAAAGAGCAGGUGUUGGGACUCGGAGAUGGGGUUUUGGAUUUGGUGCCCAUGGAAAUGGAAUGAAGGCGCAUAAGGCUGAUGGAUUCUGGAAUAACAGCUACAACGUAACGCCGGAAGAACUCUUCGAUUUGUUUGGCAAAUUCGGCGCCAUUCGGUAUGUACUUUCAGAUGGAGGGAGCAACCUCGGGCAAAGACCUGCGUCGGAUAUUUAUGUGGAAAUGGGCGGCUCGAUCAUGGAGGGUGCAUUGUGCUAACAGAAUUUCAGACAAAUUCGUCAAGGUAUCGCGACCAACACCAAGGGUACGGCAUUUGUUGUCUACGAAGACGUAACGGAUUCUAAGACUGCCUGUGACAAGUUGAAUGGGUUCAACUUUCAAAAUAGAUAUCUAGUCGGUAUGUCCUUGUAAUCUAUCUCAAUCUCAGUCGAGGUCCUUACUAAUAUUUACACAAAUAGUUCUCUAUCAUCAACCGGAAAAGAUGGAAAAGAUGCGCGCUAACUCAAAUCAAUCGGAUUCAUACGCUGCUCGCAAAGCGAGUUUAGAACAUCUCAAAACCGCGAACAAUAUCGAAUAACAUUUUGACGGGCCCCUAGUCCGCCCAAACGCCGUAUCAAGUACGAAGUCUACAGCGUCUAUGGGCCCGUCAUCCAGGGUUGGAAAUGUCUCACCAUUGGAGGAUGUUAGGAAUAAGAAAACACAACGAACACAAUCUGCACCAGUUACGGCCAGGAAAUUUUCUACUACGACUGCUAUGCAUGGAAAGGGAGGAAAUUAUCUACAUUUGGAACAUCAUCGUGAGAUUGGAGGUGCAGCGGUGGCAGGUGGAAGGCGUAAUACCUCUUUCCUUGCUCUUGUGCGGGGAUUGGUUUCUAGGCGUUAAGCGGUGUUGUUACUUUACUGAAGGGGACGGCCCUGGCUUUUUACAUGGAUUUAUUUCCUUUUCAACUUGACUUGCUACUCUUCUCUUCUACGUCUUUGUGGGGAGAGUGCAAAUAUUUCAAUAUGCAAUGUGGAGAGCUUCUGCUAAGGGGGAUAUGAUAUUUUUUCUAUUCAAAAGAUGAUUCUAACUCGCAAAGUUGGUUCUCCUCUUUCUUCGGUGCUUACUUACAGUUGUAUAUGGUAUGCUCUGCUUUGAAUGCAAAAUUGCUACACUAGAGCCUUAUUGAUUCACACUCUACUCACUUAU